GUUAAUUAUUAUUGUUAAUGAAUGUCGGGUUAAUUUUUUAAUAAUGGACGUUUAUACAAAUUUGCGACACGCAUUUUUAAAGGUGCUUCUCGUGUUGGAAGCUAGUUUCUAUCCCAAGGACGCAAGAAAUAGCAGUCAUAUUGCUGUCAUUUCUCGGUUAGAACGCUCACCAUUCGCACCGGCAGAAAUGGAAUCAAGUGUUGUAGUGGAUUUUCAAAACGUAUAUUUAAAAUACGGUUCAAAUUGGAUUAUCAAAGGGCUCAACUUGAAGAUUCACAAAGGGGCGAUAUACAGCUUGCUCGGCCCAAGCGGAGCUGGGAAGACGACAGUCGUCGGCAUGAUUUUGCGAGAGAUAAAGCCAGAUUUUGGCGAAAUUAAAUGGAAUGGGUUGGACACAAGGCGAGACUUUGGCUACAUGCCUCAAUCGGCUUCUCUUUUCGAUGAUUUAAGUAUCAAUGAGUUAUGCGUAUAUUAUUCUUUUCUUUUUGGAAUGGAAGGUCGGAUACCCGAGGAAACGAAACGGCUUCUCGGUAUACUAAAUCUCGAGAACAUAAGCGACAGGAGAGUCGGUAAAAUGAGCGGAGGUGAGCAGAGACGCAUCAGCUUUCUCAUCGCUCUGAUACACGAGCCGCAUUUUCUUCUUCUAGACGAACCGACUGCCAGCCUUGACUGUUUGCAUUCCAGAGCCAUCUGGGAUUACUUGGUAACACUGGCCGAACAAGGGACUACCAUCCUUCUGACGACACACUAUGUUCAAGAAGCUGUUAAUUCGAGGAAAGUCGGAUUUUUGAGGAACGGCGUCCUUAUAGCAGAUGACACGACUAACAACUUCAUAGAAAAGUACGGAACUUCAGAUGUCGAGGAGAUAUUUAUAUCGUUGUGUAACAGCAAUCAGCAAUGUGAAGAGCAGGCGAUCACUCCAACAUCAACGAAGUGUAAAGAAACGAAAAGGGAUUUCGAAGGCGAUGGCCAUUUCAAAUGGUGUGGCUUUCGUGCACAACUCACAAAAAAUCUAAUCUGGGCGAAACACAAUAAAUUGAUUUUGUACUCGAACCUAUUAUUUUCAACCGUCCUUUCUGUCAUAUUCGCUGUGGCGUUCGGCGGCGAUCCGAUCGGACUGAAAGUUGCCGUUGUAAGCUCCGUGAAGACUUACGAAUGCCCAAGGAAUGACAGUUACUACAGCCCCCUCCUCCGUUGUAAUGUGCCAGAUCGGUUCGAAUGCUUCAUCUACACGAGACUCAAGGAAAAAUUUGUACUUCUAGACUACGACAACAUAGACACUGCGAUGGCGGACCUGAGCUCGAGUAAUAUCCAAGGGAUUCUCAAUUUUCAAGAAAAUUUCACUUCAACUCUAGACUCGUUUUACGGAGAUAUUAGCGGUUUCACGACUGAUGAGAUUGACAGUGUUAUCAUCGAAUCAUCGAUAGAUCAGGCGGAUUAUAUCUUCAGAAAUUUUUUAAAGAAAUUCAUAUCCAAGAGCGUGCUGGGGUUGUUCGAAGAUAUAGAACUUUAUUGCAACACUUCAAAAACGUUCAGUUUUAUACCGAUUAAGUUCGCUGAUCCGAUUUAUGGUUUAGCCGAUACCACAGUGGCUAUUACUGGUCUAGCGUCAUAUUUAACGGCGGUUUCAUUCGCCUUCCCGAUUAUCUUCACGGCGCCGGCGAUGCUGAUUGAAAAAAAAGGAGGUUUUUUCAAAAGAAAUUUAAUUUCCGGCUUGACUUAUCUGGAAAUGGUGGCUGCACAUUUGGUGAUCCAAAUACCCUUGAUGCUCCUGCAAGACUUGAUAUUGUUUGGAAUAUUCGCUUGGAUUUUUGUUUUCCCCAUACUGGGAAACAAACUGCUAAUUUUUUCUUUAAUGAUCUCCUGCAAUAUAGUCGGCUUUGUAAUAGUGCUUGUCGUUGUCGAGCUGCUUCGCAAUGAAUUCGCAGUCAUGAUCUUGUCUAUGGCUCUUUUGAACGUUUCCUGGAUGCUUGGAGGCGUUUUGUGGCCGCAGAUCGCCUUCCCCUAUUGGCUCGAGUUGCUCUGCUAUGUGAUCCCGAACGUGAGAACUUCAGGCUCCAUGAAUGCUGUAGUAAUGAAAGGCUUCCCAGUGACCAACUUAGAAGUAUUUUACGCUUUUAUCGAAACCGCUUUUUGGAUUUUGUUUUCUGUUAAAUGUAGCAAUUUUUUGUUUAAAUUGAAUAAAAAGUAUUUUUCUUAUUUGAAGUUUUAUUUCAACCGACAAAAUCUACUUGUAAAUAAUCACUGCUUCUUAUGA